UUUCCACAGCGCGCCAGCCAGACACGGAGAGAGCGAAAGCGAGCGAAAAGAGAAGCCACCGCUCCUUCCUUCUACAGAAGUCAGGAGAGACCCCAACACAAAUCCACACAAAAACUACUCACCAAAAAUUUGUUAACUGGCAUCAAACACUUUGAGAGAGACUAUUGGGUAAGCAUCUCCUUUUCUGUUCGAAUAUUUCGACUUUCUCUUUUCUUUUUUAGCUUUCUCGCUUCCACACCUCUCGUCGUUGCCACCCCAAACCCUCUCGACCUCCCGAUCCCAAUUCUCUUUCGGUGGUGAGCUUGGAUUAACUGCUGAAUUUCAUCACUCAAUUCGCAUACCAUUUGUGCGCGGUUGCUUCUGAUCAGUAGAGGGUUUAGAAGGGGGCGGGUGUGUGAUGAAGGGUUCAAAGAGCAAUUGCAAGUCCGCUUCUCACAAUCUUUUCAAGGACAAAGCAAAGAACCGUGUUGAUGACUUGCAGGGCAUGUUCAUGGACCUCCAGUUUGCUAGAAAGGAGAGCCGCUCCAUCGAUGCUGCACUCCUCGAAGAACAAGUGCAUCAGAUGCUACGUGAGUGGAAAGCCGAGCUAAAUGAGCCCUCCCCGGCUUCUUCUUUGCAGCAGCAGGGUGGCAGUCUUGGUUCGUUCUCUUCGGACAUUUGCCGGCUGUUGCAGCUGUGUGAAGAGGAAGAUGAUGCCACUAGUCCAUUAGCUGCACCGAAACCCGAGCCGAAUGAUCAAAACUUGCAAGUUGGAGAAAGUUUGGUCUUUCAUGAGGGAUUUAGUGUGAAUCAAGGGCAACAGGAACAUGCCAUGCCGUUGGCUGAUCAGAGCAAAAGCUCCCCUUCAGGAGUUCGCAAUGUUGCUGUUAACAAUUUGGAAGGGGCUAAUCAAUUGGACUAUCAUCAGUUUGAAUUGCAUCAAGACUUUGAGCAGAGUUUCUAUCCUUGUUUUAAUGCCACAGCUUUGAGUGGGGAGGACACAUUGCCUCAGGUUUCUACUUAUCUACCGAGUAUUUUUCCUCCGCCAUCUGCUUUCUUGGGCCCAAAGUGUGCACUUUGGGAUUGCCCUAGGCCUGCUCAAGGGAUGGACUGGUGGCUAGACUACUGCAGUAGCUUUCAUGCUGCUUUGGCAUUGAAUGAAGGACCACCAGGCAUGGGUCCGGUCCUUAGACCUGGGGGCAUAGGCCUGAAGGACGGCCUACUUUUUGCUGCUCUUAGUGCAAAGGCACAAGGAAAAAGUGUUGGUAUCCCUGAGUGCGAGGGAGCGGCUACUGCGAAGUCUCCAUGGAAUGCACGUGAACUCUUUGAUCUUUCGGUUCUUGAGGGUGAGGUAAUCAGGGAGUGGCUCUUUUUCGAUAAGCCUCGAAGAGCUUUUGAGAGCGGCAACAGAAAACAGAGGUCAUUGCCAGAUUACAACGGACGAGGUUGGCAUGAGUCGAGGAAGCAAGUGAUGAAUGAGUAUGGAGGGCUGAAGAGGUCUUACUAUAUGGAUCCUCAACCAUCGAACCAUUUUGAGUGGCACCUUUACGAGUACGAGAUCAACAAGUGCGAUGCUUGUGCCUUGUACAGAUUGGAGCUGAAACUUGUUGAUGGGAAGAAAAAUUCCAAGGGCAAACUAACCAACGAUUCAGUUGCUGAUCUGCAGAAGCAGAUGGGAAGGCUUUCCGCCGAGUUCCCCAUCGAUAACAAGCGCAUUGUCAAGGGCAGGGCCAAAGUUAACGCAAAGGUUGGUGUCGGAAAUGUCUACCACUCUCCAAAUCGAGGGACAACCACAAAUGCGACUUUUGACUAUGGAUCAGGUGCACCCUACGACUACCUUCUCGACGACGUCAACGGCUAUUACAUAACCUAACCGAAAGAACUUUGAUGGGCUGGAGUAAGGAGCAUGCCCAUCCUUAAUCUUUAGUUUCCAUUACGUAGUGUGGCGGGGGUCAUGCAUUUCUACUAUGAAGUCAAGCACAUUUUUGGCUCUAUAGACACAGCGCAAAGAGCUCGUCGCACGGAAUGCCGCCGACGCUCGAGCAUACUCUAACUUCGUCACUUCGUCACUUCGUCACUUCGUCACUUCGUCGCACUGCAUUUUUAUUAGCUAAUUGUGAUAUGAUGAAGGGUGGUAUUGGAUGGAUGAAAUGAACACCAUUUGCCGCCAAUUAUCCUGUGUUUGGGCUUUAAACUUUUGUUUAGACGGCAUGUCGUCUUGUUGGGUACAUAAUAUAUCUAUCUUAUUAUGCAGUUUCUAUGUUGUUUGUAUGUGUUUAAAACCAUCCCUCAGAAAUUUGUAAAUGCUGAUUUUACAAUAAUUCAUUAGGCAAUUACUUCCA